AUGACUUACCACGAUGUCACUGUUCUCGGUGCCGGCUGGUCCGGUUUACUAGCCACUAAAUAUAUGAAAGAAGAAGGCCUGACUGUAGUAGCAUUGGAGAGGAGAGAUGCCAUUGGAGGAUUGUGGUAUUACUCUGAUGAUCCUGCUGAGAAGACAGUUAUGAAGUCAACUCGAACUACAUCUUCGUCUACUCUCACUGAAAUGUCUGAUUAUCCUAUGCCCGAAGAAAUCGGAAUGUUUCCGCAUCAUGCAAAGAUACUCGAGUAUCUGAAAUCCUAUUGCGAGGAGUUUGAUCUGCUACGCCACAUACGUUUCAAUACUACUGCAGAAAAAGUAGAGAAGAAAGGUGAAAUAUGGCACGUGUAUACCUCUACAGGAAUAACGUACACUAGCAAGUUUUUGAUUGUUUCUACUGGAGAGCCAAUAGCUGAUGAUCCUCGUGAUGCUAUCUUUGGCAAUUUCACUGGCAGUAUUUACCAUGCAAAAGAAAUAAAGGAGCCAAUAGAAGAACAUCGAAACUGCAGACUUUUGGUUUUUGGAGGUGGAGAAACAUCAGCUGAUAUUUGUCAAGAAUGGUACGAUCACACUAGUUGUAUCUAUUGGAGUGCUCCCAGAGGUCAACAUUUCUUUCGACGCUUUGCAAAAAUCCUUCCUUGGAAGAAUCCUCAAGCUUUAGAUAAAGCAUCGUCUCCUUUGUUGACAACAAUUGCACCAUUUCACUACAGCAAACCAGGGUUGAGCUGGAUAUGUAAAUGGACUACCAGUGGGUCAUUGCUGAAUUAUCAAGGCCAUGGUAUACCAGAAUGGAAGAAUGACUCUCCAUUUAUGCAUCUCUUUAUUAACAAGAAUGGCCACAUCCUCGAUCUUAUUGAUUACAAGAAAUUUGUUCCAAAAGGUGGAAUUGAAUCAUGCAAUGGAAAGGAAGUUGUAUUUAGUGAUGGAUCCAAGCAAGAGUUUGAUGUUGUGAUUGUAUCCACUGGAUACAAGCCUGCAUUUCCAUUCCUUUCUGACAAUAUACUGAAAUCAUUUCGUGAUCGAUACAAGCACAUCUUUGAUAAUGAUGAUCCAUCUUUAGCGUUUGUUGGUUUUGUUCGUCCUGUUAUAGGCUCAAUGCCAGCUUUAGCUGAACCACAAGCAUCCUGGGUUGCAAAAAUUUAUAGUGGCAGGCGUAAAUUAAAACCAAAAGCAGAAAGAUUAGAAGAAACAAAAGCUGAUGCUGAAUACUGGUGGAAAAUAUUUUGA